AUGGUCGAAAAGAAGGAAGCCCCAAGCGGCCAUGCCGACGACAAUGGCAUCCAGUCUAGCGUCUCCAAUACUCAGGGCCAGUCUGAGAUUCUCAAGUCGCCCCAGGAUGGAGUCCUUGAUGAGGCAGCGACAUUCUUGGCCAAUGCUGAUGCAUUCCCACCUAUGACGCCCGAGAUGGAGAAGAAAAUCGUGAAGAAGAUUGAUGCAUGGAUGAUACCCUUGCUAUUGUUCACUGCAACUCUCGGUGCAGUUGACAAAGUCCAGAUGGGAACGGCGUCUCUCUACGGAUUCCAGACAGACAACAAGUUUGUUGGCCAACAAUACAGCUGGCUGGGAAGCGUACUACCCUUAGGCCAAUUGAUCGGAUAUGUCGUCGCUUCCUAUCUUGUUCUCAAGUUCCCGCCCGCAAAGUUCUUAUGCGGAUCGUCGUUACUUUGGUCUGUCUUAACCUUGCUACAUGCUCCAUGCAGAAGUUGGUCGGGGUUCAUGGCAUUGCGCUUCCUCAUGGGCUUCAUUGAAGCGGCCAUCUCCCCAUCUCUCACUAUCCUCGUAUCCAGUUUCUACACCAAACAAGAGCAGCCUCCGAGGAAUGCGAUUAUCUUUGCAUACUUUUCAUCGGUCUUCAACGGCUUCUUCGCCUGGCUCGUAGGCAAGAUCCCCGACUCGGCCCCACUCCUGAAAUGGCAGUAUCUCUACCUCAUCACUGGAACCAUAAACGUCCUUUACUCAAUCUUCAUCUGGUUCACGCUGCCAGAUAGCCCCAUGAACGCCCGCUUUCUGACCGACGAAGAGAAAUAUCACGCUACGAAACGCCUCGCAGCUAACCGAACGGGCAUCUCCAACAAGGUCUGGAAGUGGGACCAAGUUUGGGAAGCUCUCUUAGACAUAAAGAUCUGGAUCAUCUUUAUCUUCAACAUUUUCAUCAACAUUCCGAAUGGCGGGCUCGUCAAUUUUGGAAGCAUCAUUAUUAACAAUCUCGGCUUCACUUCGCUGGAGGCGAGCUUAUUGACCAUGCCGUUUGGUGUUCUGGCUACCUCUAGUGCAUGGGCCUUCAGCUAUCUUGCCGCUAGAUGGCAUAACCGAAGGACGUUGGUGGCGUGCAUCGCUCUCAUGUUGCCGAUCUUGGGUACUGGAUUGGUACAUGGGUUUCCCAGGUCAAAUGUGCCGGCCCAGAUGGUCGGACUAUACUUCAUGUACUUCUACUGGCCUCCUUAUGUCGUUGGGAUAUCGCUUCCACAAGCCAACACAGCAGGUCAGACGAAAAAGGCAGUGUGCUUUAGUCUGGUCCAAGUUGGCUAUGCGGCCGGCAACUUGAUCGGACCCCAGACGUUUCGGGCCGAGCAAGCACCCAAGUAUUCCGGAGCCAUCAUCGCGAUGCUGACAAGCUAUGGUGUUUCUGUCUUGCUGAUGCUGGCAUAUUGGCUUGUCGCCUCCUGGGAGAACAAGAAACGGGACAAGAAGUACGGCAAACCUCAGGAACUGCAAGAAGGAACCGUUGAUGGGUUCGUGGAUAUCACGGACAAGGAGCAGAAAGAUUUCAGAUAUACCACUUGA